GCUCUAGUCAUUACUUGCUCGUCUGACCUGAAAGCAAAUACGUCAGUGGCGAAAGCAGUGUAUGAAGCAGCUGGAGGGGCUAUUAGGACUGAACUUGAAGAAAAUUGCACUGCACCUCUAAAAGACUGGACGUUUGUCGUGACUAGUGGUGGACACCUUGAGGCCAAGUAUAUCUACCAUGUCAGUAUACCAAGAUACUGCCCUGACACAAUAACACAAGAGCAAUUUCUGGAAAUGCUCGGUAGAUGUUUGACUGACGCUUGCCUGAUUAAUUGCAAGAGAAUUGCUUUCACUGCGCCUGUGUCUAGAGAGCUAAAGUAUCCACCAAAGCUGAUGGCAGAAUGGUUUAAAAGAGGAUUUGACAGUUUUCGAAGAUCACAAACCGAUUUACUUUUCUUUGAGAUGAGGGUUGUGGUUAAACAGAAUGACAAGCGCACAUACAACGCAUUUCAAGAAGAGCUGUUUGGUACGGAGCUAAUGGAUUUCAACCAGGUUCCUAGGACGUGGAGUGCAGUGAGUAAAGAUACAGAGGUUAUUAAAGUUACUCUUCACCCACAUGGCACCGAAUACAGGGAGGUUGCUGAAUUACUGAAAGAAACAGCAUCACACGACUACCGGAUUAAAAAGAUUGAAAGGAUACACAAUAGGGCAUUGUAUCUCCAGUACAAUGUAAAACGAUGGCAAUUUUCUCGGAGAAAGACAGACCUGCCAGACGAAAGCAUAGAAAGAAGACUAUGGCAUGGUACGACAGCAGAUGCAGUGACAAGUAUCAACUAUCAUGGUUUCAACAGAAGUUACUGUGGAAAAAAUGAAUCACGAUUCGGACAAGGUGUAUACUUUGCUGUACCAUCACGAUUUGCGUUAGAUCCAAGAUAUUCUAGAAGAGGACAGUCAGGGCUGAAACACGUUUAUCUUGCGCAAGUACUUGUAGGCAGAUACGCCAAAGGAAAUAGGGAAACACGCGUACCUCCACCUAUUGAUAAAAACAAUCCACAGCUACUGUUCGACUCUACAGUGAAUGAUGUUCAAAACCCUACCAUAUUUGUGAUAUACAAUGACACACAAGCCUACCCACAAUAUUUGAUAACUUUGAAAUAGAAAAUAGUGUGUUACUACAAUUUAAAGGAUCUAUCAAACAUCUUCCCAUUGUUUUGACUCUUCCAAAUCUUCCAGGCAUUAAACCACAUUCUGU